GCUCAGUCAAAAUUCCAACUCUAUCGGGGGGCUAGAAUCGUCCGUAAAUUCGAGGGGGCUAUGUAAGAUCUUCGCCAGUGUGCGCGCGCGGUUUUACUAAUAUUAACAAGUGCUUGGACGUCAAAGACCGGACGCAAAACGGCCCCUCGGAAAAUUCAAAAUCUGUGCAAGAAGCCAGCUAGCUUGAGCAGACGCACUGGUCUACAACAAGGGAGCAAGGGCGCUAUGGGUCCUUUCUAAUAGUAGAGGAGAGGCUGGAAAGCUGUCCUGCAUCUGCACUCUGCUUCUGGUGUAACAAAGCUGCGUGAACUGAAUCCAAGGUAGGUGGUCACAUUCCAAAACAGGUGAAAAGGCCACCUGACCUGGGAGGAGCCUAAAUGGGCCGGACGAAAGAGCAGGACUUCAAUAUUCAAGGCAAGCACUUCCAACCCUAUCCGUAGCUACAGUUUGGAAAGGGCGACUCUAAUGGAUGUGUUACCCGUUGGUAAAAUGCUGGAGAACAUCUCACUGGUUGGGACACACCAUUUGGCCUUUCUGCACAAGGUGCCCCUGUUGAAAGCUGCGUGGGGUGCAAGAUGCUCCAACCAUGUCGGUUGUCCUCCAAUCACGGCAUCAAAUGAAGGCAGGAGGAGUGGCACUCAAAAAGCUCCCUUACAAUGUGGAGUAUAUGAACCGCUGUACUUGUUGCAGGCGGCCCAGCUGAAUGAGCGACUUAGCCACAGCAAUGGACCCCGAUCAGGUGUACCUCUUCAGGAUUAGUGUGGACGUCAGGAACUUCCGAGCUCUUAGAAGGUUGCCCCUGCCUGUGGCUGCCAUCUAUGUCAAGGUCCUCUUCCCAAGGGAGAUUGUGCAACUGGCAGCAGAGGGCACAGCCAAGCAGCCAGGCGCCAGCGUCGCUGCCCUCACAGCUCCACUCCGGACGCACCCCCCUCAGGAGGUGGCGCGGCAGACAGAGGUGGCCCUGACGAAUGGCUUUGUUGCCCUGGAGCUGCCUGCCACUAUCCUGGCCAUGGCAACAGCACUGGCCAGGGGGGCAAAGCUGGUGGCGGAGGUAUACCACCGCGACCGCUACACUGCGGACCGUCUCCUGGGGCGUGGCACCGUCCCCCUGGCUGCGCUGCUGGAGGAGCCGUGGCUGGACGGCUACGUCCCCAUGCUGGCCAGCAAGGCCGUGCGCACGCAGCGCGGGACCCCGCCCGCCAUGGAGCGCGUCGCAGUGGGCAGCCUGCGCCUCGUGCUGCUCAUUGAGGAGCUGGGGCCAGCAGUGGGGCCGGCCCGUGUCAAGCGGCGCUCGGAGGCGGCCAUUCGGCCCGAGGUGCCGCCGUCGGCAGCAGAGGACCUGCCGUGGCCCGAGGCGGAAGGUGGGGUGGAGUUACCAGAGUAUGCGGGCAGUGUGUAUGCGUCAGAUGCAGAGGAGAAGCAGGAGGGGGGAAGCGCAGCAUGGGCGAGCACGCCAGGCAGCCGGCCAGCGGCGCUGGCAAGGGACCAGGAUGCGAACGGGGAGGGUCGGGAAGAAGUCGAACGGAGGGUGCUUACUGAUGAGGUUUUUGGUGAAGCGGCGGAGUUACGCAAGGAGGUACAAGGGGGCAGUGGCCUUGAGCCAGAAGCCAAGGUAGUGGCCGAAGCAAGUGGGCUCAACGGGAUCGAAAGAACAGAGGGGGACCCGGAUACGCUGGAGCAAAGGGCGCAGCGACCAGUUUCCCGCUCGGCAACCCCAACGGAGGUCAGGAUUCAGGACAGAAGGAUAGGGGAGAGCGGAAGGGCAGAGUCUGAUGGGGUCGAAGCGGCUGCAACAGGCAGCAGGGCAGACGGUGAGGGGCAAGACGCUGUGCUAAAUGGGGGGAACCAUGGAGCGGGGACGCCGGCAGGCAUCCGGGAAGGGGCAGAGUAUGAGGCAGCGUGGGCACUGGAGAUGUGGAAGAGGAGCGAGGAGUCAAAAUUCAUGGCCGAGCUUAAGGAGCGGGAGGCGGCGAGGAUGGCAGCUCUAGAAGAGGAGUGGAAGAAGCGGGAAAAGGAAAGGGUGGCGGAGGUGGCGGCGGUGCGCGCGGAGCACGCUGUGCUGGGGGCCAAGCUGGAGGAGCAGCUGGCCAGCCUGGCGGGGCGCGAGAAGAAGCUGCUGGCCGCCGAGGAGGCCGCGUCCACCAGGAGGGAGGCCCUCGAACGGGACCACGCGCACAGGACCGCCGAUGCCAAGGCUGCCAUCAAGCGGUUGAAGGAGGAGUGCGAGCACCAGCUGCAGCUGGAGCGCAGCCGCUACGAAGAGCUGGCGCGCCAGAAGAAGGGACUAGAAGAGCGCCUGUCGGCGACGGAGGCUGCCCGCGCCCGCCUGGAGCGCGAGUUUGCGGAGCAUCGCGCGGCGCAGCGGGGCACUCCGGAGGCGGAGCUGGCGGCGCAGGUGGUGGCGCUGCAGCAGAAGAACCUGGACCUGCAGCGCAGCGCCGAGAAGGCGACCGCCGCCAAGAAGCAGUACAAGGCGCAGGUGCUGCGCAUGGCGCGCGAGCUGGCGGCCAUGCACCGGCAGCAAGCCGCGGACGAGGCCGCUCGGCUGGCCAAGGAGCGGAGACGGUUGGAAGCACGGGCGCUGGCAAGCACCGCCAAAGAGGAGGCCGACAGAGCGAGGGACGAGCGAUUGGAGCUGGUAGCGAUCAAGGAGCAGCUGGCGCGCCUCCAGGACCAGGAGCAGGCGUCGGCCGCAGCCACGGCGGCCGCGCUGCGGGCCCUGGCUCUCGACCGAGUGGUCAGCGGCGACGAGGCGGAGCGCGCAGCAGGGAGCCAGCGCCGCAAGAAGCAACCGGCUGCGGCAGGGGCCCCAGGCACCGCGAGGAGGAGAAAGCAGCCCCCUCGAACCCGAAAGGAAGGGCAAGUGGACGCUUUGGAAGCCGCUGAAGCGAAGCUGCGGAGAGGCUCGGUGAGGCGGGAGGAGCAAGCGAACGAAAUGAGCGGGAGCGACAGUGGGAUGCGGGAAAAGGGGAUCGACUGGCCAGCGCUUCAACCCGUGGAUGAUCCCCCAGACGAGGCACGUUGCAAAGACGAAGUAGAUGCCCCAGCUUUUGUCGGCACCAUGUCUCAGGAAGAACUUCGAGUAAAGUCGCUUAGAAUACCGGACCAAGACGUUAUCCGGUUGCUUCGGGAGCGGGCAGCACUUCUACGAACUGGAGUUUAUCAAAGGGGCGACAAAGUGAUAAUCGCGCUUGAAAAGGAAAUUGAGAAACGAAGUGGUGAGAAGCAUGAAGUCUGAGCGAAUUCUUUCCCUGAGUUUCUCCCUACAUUACUGGUCUACACUGGAGCUCUCGUGCUUUCUUUAAGUUGCGCAAUCCUGCAUAUCGUCAU